AUGCCGCGCGACCCUCUCAUCGGGCUGGUAGGGAAGCCCUCGUCUGGGAAAUCGACGACAUUGAACAGUCUGACAGACGCGACUUCCAAAGUCGGUGCAUUCACGACGAUCGACCCGCAACGGGCUAUCGGGUAUCUUCAGAUUGAUUGCGCUUGUGUUCGACACGACCUAGCCGACAAGUGUCGCCCGAACUACGGUUCCUGCGUCAACGGCAAGCGCUCCGUGCCCAUUGAGCUGCUCGAUGUCGCCGGCCUCGUUCCUGGCGCACAUGAAGGCAAGGGCUUGGGCAACAAGUUCUUGGACGAUCUCAGACACGCAGACGCACUUAUCCAUGUGGUCGACGUCAGUGGGACGACUGAUGCCGAGGGCAAAGCCACUAGGGGAUACGAUCCAAGUGUCGACAUCGAGUGGCUACGCGGCGAGAUUGUGCGAUGGGUUCAGGGAAACCUUAUGGAUAAAUGGGGAAGCAUCAAGAGGAGGCAUAUUGCGAUCAAGGCGAACGCGGUGGAGACAUUGCAGGGCCAAUUCUCUGGGUACGGCUCAACCAGCUCGAUAGUCGCACGCUGCCUGGAUCGCAUGGGAUUGAAAGAGCCGCUCGAGACAUGGGACGAUGCAACGAUCGAGAGAAUGGUCAACGCUUUCGUGGACGAGAAGUUCCCCACCGUGCUGGCCCUCAAUAAAAUCGACCACCCCGAUGCAGAUCGAAAUAUCGCCAAGAUCGCCAAAAUGGUAGCACCUGAACGGAUGGUUCUGUGCUCUGCUAUCAGCGAAGUGUUUCUGCGCAAGCUCAACAAACAAGGAUACAUCAAAUAUCGAGAAGGCGAUGAGUACCUAGAUACACGAGAAGACCUGAUUGAACAAGGUGACGAGGAUGGUGGCGGGCUGAAAGAACUGGAUGAAAAACUCAAAACGCGCAUCGAGAAUCUGAAAGACAUGGUGCUGUAUCGCUUCGGUAGCACGGGCGUGGUGCAGGUUCUAAGCCGGGCAGCUGAAGUCUUGGGACUAGUACCCGUCUUUCCGGUCCGAAAUAUUCACACCUACGGUUCAGGCUCGAGCGGCGCAACGGCCGUGUUCCGCGACUGCGUCCUUGUCAAAAAGAAUAGUACUGUCGGCGAUGUUGCGAGGAAGGUGAUGGGCGACGCCCCCAUUGCAUUCAUCGAAGGCGAUGGCGGCAGACGCGUCGCAGAAGAACAGCUGGUCAGCGUGGGCAAGAACGACAUCUUGUCGUUUCACGUGGGCAGAUGA